AGCAGCAUGGCAGCCGUCGUUCUUCUCAACUCAACGUGGGACGUGGACUUCGCCUUUUUCUGAUGAACUUUUACUUGCAAAAAUUAUCAAAUUUCUUACUAAACACCGGUCAUGUGCAUUCAGUAAUUAUUUCAGCACAUGCUGUUGCACUUUUUAGAACCACUUUAGUGUGAUAUUCUGUAGCAAAACUUGUUCAAACAAAUUGAAGAGAGCUACAUGAACGAUUUUGUCAUGCAAGGCCACGUGAACCGUGUGCGUUUUGCCAAGCAAGUCACGCCCGUGAGUGCAUUGUCACUCGGACAGAGAAAAACUUUUGUAGCAGCACAUUAUUUGAAGCAAAAUUCACAGAAAAUAACUUUUAGUGCAUUAUUAUGAGUUCCUUGAAGUUCUCUAGUUUCGACGACAGAGACUCUUAAAGCAAAUUCUGUGUCGAGAUUUGCGAGUGGCCUUAGCUCCAUUGUGCCACCGUAUACUGCAACAGAAAACUUCAUGACCAAAGCCGAACAUCUAGCUCUAUGGCUCCACCGACAUCUUGUCAGCGUCGGUGAAAAUGACCGGGAAGCAGCAGUGCGCGCGCUGGACCAAGACGGGGAACAACGAGGCGGAGACAAACCCAGCCAGAGCGGGGAGCUCCCGGUGUGGUCGAGCCCAGCUUCAGGCGCGGCAUUGAGGGGACUGUCGUCGGUACUGUCUCUCAGUAGUACAGAGCCCCUAAAUGGACAGGUGCUCCUUUCAACUCUGAGACCAGAUGGUGGCUGUUGUCGAUGGAUUUGUGGUUUGUGGACGAGCAGUGGAGUCCUCGCUGGAGUCAUCGCCGGAUUCAGGUAAGGAAAACUUGGCAAAAUCCGACCUCCACUUUUCAAGUUUGCUCAAGUGAAAUAUGCUCCUCUUUGAUAGAAAAUUAUUUGAUUGAAAAUUAGGGAUUUUAUGGCCUUAAUUGCCAUACUCAAGAACAUCAUUGCUACAGAGGCACAGUAGAGGAAACGAAGAGAACAAAUCCAAGUCAAGUUUAAAAAAAGUCUUAAACAGACCAGGCUACUUGUAAACACUCAAAAGUAGCCUAUAUCCCCCCCACCCUCCCCCAUGGAAGAACAAAAUCACAAGAAUGUUGAUAAUUAUUUUGCAACGGAGGCACAGAAUGCCAAUCGGGUUUUCACCCAUAAACUGUCAAUCAAAACUAUAGUUAUUAUUCGUCAUUGAUAAUAAUUUCAAGUUUCACUUUGGAUGU